GCGCAAUAGCUGUUUUGCAAACUCGUGUAUUCUGCGCUGGAAUGUGUAUAAAACGCCGAGCGCCGGCGUGAGACGUCAUCAGUUGCCGCGCUUGUCAGCAGUGUUUGUCCGAAUCGUCGUCGAAGCGCGCGAGAUGUUCAAGGCGUCCCUCUUCGUGCUAUGCGCUAUCGCCACACGGGCAAGCUGUGCCGGAGACUUCGGGGAUGAGACGCGAGAUAGGCCGUCUCGGGUCAGGGCCAACAAUCUCGAUCCCCCGGCUCCGUACAGCUUCGUGUACGGCAGCUCCGACAAAGGUGGCUCCCAUGGCCGACAGGAGACCCGGGACGAGCACGGCACCGUGCGCGGCUCGUACCGCAUCGCCCUCGCGGACGGUCGCAUGCGCGUGGUGAAGUACGUGGCUGACAAAGACGGCUUCCGCGCGGGCAUCUCAACUAACGAGCAGGGCACCGAGUCUUCCAGCUCAUCGGGCGUGGUCGUCCACUCUCAGGCGCUGUCCGGACCAGACGCAGCGAGGGCCGCGCACAGGUCCAUGAGUCGGGCUGAAGCUUCGAGGCACUCGGCUCCUAGGCGCGCUGCCGCUGCGUCUUCAAACGUAGAGCGGUGGGCGGCGCCGUCGGAUAUGAGGGCGCCAGGAUACCUGCCCGCACAGAGGGACGAAAUCGUCUAUUAUGAUCCAUAGCCUGGAGUAGCCUGGAGUCGGGGCGCGCAGGAAACGUUUCGUGUGCAUUUCGUGUUUCCUGUGCAACCGGCAGAGGUGCAUACUUGUGUGUUAAUUCAUUAUAGGGAAGGGGUGGGGCAAACAUUUGUGGCAGGGCACCAACGGUGCGAGCGUAAAGUUCGAAGUUGUUUGUUUCUUUGACCUAUAUAAGCCUGCUUUUCUUUCUAGUCCAUGCCAUGGAAGAAUUUGUAUAGCUCGCAAAAGCGCAAUAGGGCCAGGUGAUAGAACCCUUUUUUGUUCUCACUGAAGCUGUUCAUGUUGCUUUCUGUUUCUGUAAUUCGAGUUGCAUACUGCACCCCCAUCAAAGCAACUCAAAUUAAGGUAAUUUGUAUUGAUUAGUUCUAACUGCUGCCUUAAUUGCUGAAAGCAACACUGUGCUCUACUAGCACUGAUAUGAUAACCACAACAUACGGGAGGUGAGCUUUGACAUCAUUGAUUGUAGGAUUGUUACCUUCCGCCUGUUUUUUAUUGCGGUUAAAGCAAGGGUGGUAUCUGAUCGCCGGGGUUGGAUGUGUCUUCAGUGACUGUACUCUUGCUAGCAUGCCGAGAUAUGUUUGCCUAAAUCACUCGCAUUUGUUAUAUUCUGGAGCCGCGUGCACCCCUGCAUAUUCAUCGCGCCAGAACCUAUAGAGAGCUAUUUUAUGUGGGCAUUCUCAUUUUAGCUAUUCACCAUAGUGAUCGAAUUCUACUGGAAUCAUGUACCAAACCGAACAAUAUGGUGGCGCUGUGUCAAAACGUCUCGGAUAAAUAACUGACAGGACCGGAGCUUUUUGAUAUGCGAUCUCUUUGAAUUUUUUUAUUAAUUCUCAAUACUUUGUGUUGGUUACAAGUGAGUGAACUAUCCAGAUAAUGGGUUAUAUGUUAUAUAAAUUGCCGAGCAUGCCAAAGCAUUUAGCCUGGAUUACGCAAGGGCAUUUCACGAGUAGUAAUCAGCCAUUUCAAAAAAGUCUGAAGCUGCUGAAAUUGAGAGCAGCAUCGCAAACGUGGUAGGACGCUGUGCAUUUGCACUAACUGUGAUAAGGAAUCUUCCUAAAUUUCAUUGCUGCAAGAGGCCACCACUAAGUCUUAUUUAAUCCAAAAUUUCAUUACAGUGCCGCCAUCGUCUUUUAAUUUAGUAGAGAGCUGGGAAACACAAUGUUAGAACCCGGGUUUUCUGUCGUCAAAGAAAUAUGGAAAGAUAGGAGAUGAAAUUGGAUUUCCAGGCGCUUUCAUCCUCACGGUUUAUUGAAAGCUGCAGCUAUGUUGAAGUAGUGUAGGUCCAGCGGUCGCUGCUGGAGAGCGGCUUAAUCGUGACAUUAUAUACUCCUGCACUCUACAAUGGGGAAAUGCGGCGACGAAUCCGCAUUGUUAAUGGAACCUUCUUGUCGCAUACUGAUGCUCAGAAGCGUCGACAAAGCUUUUAUGUUUUCGAAGGACUCGUGUAGUACAUAGAAAGUUGGACACUAUCUCAUGAACAUAUCUCCUCCCAUGAACAAGUACGUUUACAGUUUGCAUGGAGGACACUUCGUCACCUAUACUUCUUACGGUGUCAUUGCGUAAUGUCCCUGGAAAGAUUGUGCAGUACUCGAAGUCGGAUUAUACAUUUACAAGCCGAACGUUUUAGAUCUAGCGACACAGAUGCUAUCUCAAUGUGAUGCCUUGAGAUACCUGAAAUAUCGUUACAAUACAAAUGGGUCUCAGGAACGUGGAGUUUUGAACAGUGGGUCAACAACGGAAGCUCUUGGUUGCUUACUCUUCGAAGACAAGUUCACCCACACGUAGUUAUGCACCAAACAGCCCACAGGCUGUUGGUGCUUAACUACGUACCACUUGUUCCGUUCGUCCUGAUGACAAGUAGCCAUUACACAUAUCGCCUUGCCGAAAGCCUUAGCCCCGAGCCAACGUUUCGACAAGGUUCAUCCCCUGGAGAAAUUUUCGACAAGUACGCUGUUAAUCAGUGAAUGAAUAAGGUAAAUACAUGGCUGCUUACUUGCCGAACAUAAGUAAGCUAUUAUGUACUUAUUCUGAAAACGCUUUUGUCUAGUAUAAGUAAAUGACCACGAGAACAAGUGCCCUUGUCGAGAUGUUGGCUUCAGCUGAGGCUUUCCUCAAUGGCCCUGUAAAAAUGGUGUGCCAGUAUAAACGUAUCUUGCUAGGCGGGCGCAUGAAAUCUUGUGCAGACGGAGUGCCGUAUUAACUGUGUCCGCGUGUUGAUGAUGGCAGUGCGGGAGAGUGGCGCUUUAUCUCAAAAUAUUUCUGAUAACUUUGUAGGUGUUAGGAACAAAUGCUGUUGAAAAUGUAUGCCUGUGCGAAGAUCUUGCUCGCAAUGAUAUCGUUGCAUGUAGCUAUUUAAUGUUCCCAUGAAACUUACCUGUUCGGCUUGAGCAAAGUUUGUGUUCCUGAUGGAAAGAAGUGUCAAAAAGAAUUUUUAAGAAAUAUUUUCGUCAAAAGGUGUGCGAAAUCAGACCACAAUGACGAACGCAGAACGUGGAAUUGAUUAAAGAUUUGAGCUUCGUGUAGAUGUUAAAGUUGAAGACGCGAGCACGUAAUUCGCAAGGAAAGACGGCUCCCCAACGCUCCUUUCAAUUCUUGACUGAAUGCUUAGGCAUCAAAAGAAACUAAGUUUUUAGAAAGCUUUCGCGCUGCGAAAUUGUCGCUGUUACAAGUACCUGAAGUUUAAUGACUACGGAAUUGUAAGUAAGAAAGUAUAUGUACAAUGCUUGUUCUUCCCUUUCAUAGAUGAUUACUUUUUCUCAUAUCAUUUCGAGGGCUGAUAUUUCUUAUAGAAUUUUCUAUACUGGGAAAAAAAACAUAGGUCCUGUAGGCCUGAUAUUCGUAAUCCUAUAUAAUCACAUGGUAUCCUAUUUGAAAGCCUGUUUGAUCUUAUACGGGUUAACAGAAUUGUUAAAGCUUGCCUGUGUAAUAUAGCACAAAUCAUUGAGCAAGAAGAUUACUCGAAGAGUUGGGCAUUACUAGCACUCGAAAUCAAAAUGAAUAAUUGUAUAAUUGAAGGUACACUAAUAAACCGUAUAAAUAAUUACUUGAGCACACAUAUUGCAAUUUACGACUUGAGUCAGUGGCUUCACAAGGCACAUCCAUCUUGGAACAAAAUUUGAAACCAGCUCCAGUUUUGAGAUACGCGCUGACAAAUGUGCGGUAAAACAAAAUGCGCUGUUAUCCACUUACUUUUUAAACAGAAUACCUUUUUCUUCAUUGAAGCUCGUAAGUUACCGGAACAUCAAUGCGUUGUGUUGCAAAGUUUGGGACCGCGUAUCUCGAAGCGUGUCAUAUUUAGGAUUCGUUCAAAGUGGAUAUAACUUUCAAAGUCAAUGUCUACAAUUCGUAAAUUGCAAUAUGUGCUCUAAUGUAAUUAGUUUUAAAGAUGAUUAACGAAACAUGAGUAAUUAGUAGUGUUCAUUUUGAUAUAUCGUGCAAAUAACGUCCAUAUCUGAGAGUAAACCAUCUGGAGAAGUUGAAUCGUGCUAUAUGCCACGGGUGAUUUUUUUAAUGUAUUUUAGCGGUAAAAAUAAAGACCCUAUAUAAGCCCAUAUCAUUUUAUGGGAUUACGGUAUUCGGGAUGGCUUUUUUUUUUUUUAGAUAGAGUUGGUGCCACUAACCGCUAAUGUCAUCUGCGACGAGAGCAUGCUUAUGUACAGAACGUGCUUAUAUCAUAUUGUCUUAUGUUAUACGCGCUUAUGAGAUAUUGUGCGGCAUGAGAAAUAGCUUGUUUCCGCUUGAAAGCUUAGUGUAGCUUGGAGCCUCAAUUAGGAACCCACCAUGGUAGUGCGCCAGCAAGCUGUAAAAACGCUUCUUUCUUUCUCGCACAUGUCUAUUGCUCGUUUAUGAAAUAUCCCCAACACGAUUCGCAUUGUGGUAUUAAUAAACGGACAACGCAAACUGUGCGCUAGCGCGAAAUACUGUUGUAUGCUUGGAGAUUAAAAACAGGGUUGUUGUUGAAAUGUUUGAAACCAAAUCUUGUAUUACUAAAUGUACUUUUGUUCACUUGGCUCUUACUCGAGAACUGAGCAUGUCGUUCUCUGUCUCUAUAGGUCAGAAGUGCGAGCUAAUGUUGACAUACAUCAGUGAUCGCGUGUAAAAAUAAACGAAUGUUUUCAGUGC